UUUGCUGCAUUUCUUGAUAUUCCCUCAUAAAUCUUUUGUUUAGGAUAAAAUUCCAAAUACGAUAAUAUGAUUCGGGAUUUUACUGCCGUUGGAUAUUGUUUAGUGAUAUCAGGCGGUGCAGUUAAAUACUGUUUAGUGAUAUCAAGCGGUGGAGUUAGAUAUUGUUUAGUGAUAUCUUGCGGCACAGUUAGAUACUAUUUAGUGAUAUAUGGCGGUGCAAUUACAUACUGUUUAGUGAUAUCAGGAGGUGCAGUAAGAUACUGUUUAGUGAUAUCAUGCGGUGCAGUUAGAUAUUGUUUAGUGAUAUCAUGCGGUGCAGUUAGAUACUGUUUAGUGAUAUCAGGCGGUGCAGUUAGAUACUGUUUAGUGAUAUCAGGCGGUGCAGUUAGAUAUUGUUUAGUGAUAUCUGGCGGUGAAGUUAGAUAUUGUCUAGUGAUAUUUGGCGGUGCAGUUAGAUACUGUUUAGUGAUAUCAGGGGGGGCAGUUAGAUACUGUCUAGUGAUAUUUGGCGGUGAAGUUAGAUAUUGUCUAGUGAUAUUUGGCGGUGCAGUUAGAUACUGUUUAGUGAUAUUAGGGGGGGCAGUUAGAUACUGUCUAGUGAUAUUUGGCGGUGAAGUUAGAUAUUGUCUAGUGAUAUUAGGCGGUGCAGUUAGAUACUGUUUGGUGAUAUCAGGCCGUAUGAAAAUGUCUAUAAACAAAACUUGAUAUUGAAUCAUAGUGAUGGACAAACCAUUGGGAUACUUGAUCAUGUUAAACUAAACUUUUGU